UCAGAAUUGCGUACUGCCCGCACAGACGUCAGUCAUUCCAUGGCAGUGAUUUAUAAUUCGUCAACGUCAACUUUAAAAGAAGUAUCACCAAAACGGCGUAUAUAAAUCAGAAUUCGGUGCUGUUGUUGUUGUUACACAACUUGCGCCAAAGGUCCAUAACGACAACAGCAGCGGCAACGACGACAUCAGCUCGCCCAUCCAGCAUCAUCAACCGUAACGUCAUUGUCCGCUUCAGGGUCAGUAAUCUGCAGAUACGCUAAUCAUCAUCAUCAUUAAAACCCUCUAAAGCGUAAAGAAGCCAUUUGUAAAGCGGUAGCAGCCAUUUUCGCUAUUCUACACUUCAACGCAACUAAGCUAAGGGUGGCAUUUGAGAAGUUGAAUAAGCAUCACCACCACAGCAAUUUCUCUUCGUCUUCGCAUUUCAUUUACUGAUUUCCAACACAGUGCAACAUAGUGGCGGCGGCAAUGACCCUUACCACUGCUACCCAACAGGAGAGUAGCAAAAAAAUGGAUGUUAAGUGUGCUGCUGAGGAGAAUCUACCAUCAUCAGAAAUGGAUCUUUUAGCCAAAUUAGAGGCAGCUAACAAGCUCAUCGAGAGCGAUGCGAAAAGUCUAAACUCGUUACAUUCAACGCAUAGUCGCAAAAAUUCGGACACAAGUCAAAUAAGUCUGAAUUCAACUGGCAAUUCGAAUGCUGAGGAAGAUAUUUGGACGCAAUGGGCGACUAUACUGAGCGAUUGGGAGGGUGCACUGAAGCGUAAAAAUCCAUGUGUACGCGAUUUGGUGCGGCGCGGCAUACCUCAUCACUUCCGCGCCAUUGUUUGGCAGCAACUAUGCGGCGCAUCUGAUACGGAUAAAAAACAAUAUGCCGACUACAUUAAGGCCACCUCGGCAUGCGAGAAGGUAAUCAGACGCGAUAUUGCACGCACUUAUCCCGAAGUCGAUUUUUUCAAAGAGAAAGAUGGCCCAGGUCAGGAAGCGCUUUUCAAUGUGAUCAAAGCCUAUUCGUUGCAUGAUCGCGAAGUCGGCUACUGUCAGGGUUCGGGUUUCAUCGUGGGAUUGCUUUUGAUGCAGAUGCCCGAGGAGGAGGCUUUUGCUGUGCUCGUGCAAAUUAUGCAACAACAUCGCAUGCGCGACAUGUUCAAGCCGUCAAUGUCGGAGUUGGGUCUGUGUAUGUAUCAACUGGAAAAUUUGGUACAGGAGCAGAUACCUGAAAUGCACAUACACUUCCAGCAGCAGGGUUUUCAAACCACUAUGUACGCUUCCAGCUGGUUUCUCACACUGUAUACCACUACACUCAAUCUUAAUCUAAGUUGUCGCAUAAUGGACGUAUUCCUUAGCGAAGGCAUGGAGUUUAUAUUUAAGGUAGCGCUUGCGUUACUACUGCUCGGCAAAGAAACAUUGUUGUGUUUAGAUAUGGAGGCAAUGCUGAAGUUCUUCCAAAAAGAGCUACCAGGUCGUGUUGAAGCCGAUCCGGAGGCUUUCUUCAAUUUAGCCUAUUCCAUCAAGAUCAACACAAAACGUAUGAAGAAAAUGGAAAAGGAAUAUCAAGACUUAAAGAAGAAAGAGCAGGAAGAAAUGGUUGAGUUGCGUCGUUUAAGACGUGAGAAUCGUCUAUUGAAACAACGCAAUGAGCUGCUAGAGGCUGAGAGCGCUGAACUGGCCGAUCGUCUGGUGCGCGGGCAGGUCUCACGUGCCGAAGAGGAGGAAACUAGUUACGCUAUUCAAACGGAGCUCAUGCAAUUGCGUCGCUCCUAUCUCGAAGUGUCACAUCAACUGGAAAAUGCAAAUGAGGAAGUGCGUGGCUUAAGUUUACGUUUACAAGAAAAUAAUGUAUCAAUCGAUAGCGUAAGUAAUGCGCAGCCGCCGGUGAAGGAAACAAAGAACAAUUCACGUCAAUCAUCCAUUGAUGAAUUAUGCGUGAAAGAGGAAGCGCUUAAGCAGCGCGACGAAAUGGUCUCAUGUCUACUCGAAGAGUUAGUCAAAGUGCGUCAAAGUCUCGCCGAGAGUGAAGAUCAAAUACGUAAUCUCAAAUCGAAAAUUGAAGAACUCGAAGAAGAUAAGAAAACAUUACGUGAAACCACGCCCGACAAUUCGGUUGCACAUUUGCAAGACGAACUAAUUGCCAGUAAAUUGCGUGAGGCUGAGGCUAGCCUCUCACUGAAGGAUCUCAAACAACGUGUGCAAGAGUUGAGCACCCAAUGGCAACGUCAACUGCAAGAAAACAAAAAUGACCAUAGUCAACAGCCCGUGGAUUCGACGCCAAAGAAAUUGCUAACAAAUUUCUUCGACACUUCCAAAUCGAAUGAGCAUACGCAGCGUCUGGAAGAGGAGUUGAUGACUACGCGUAUACGUGAAAUGGAAACACUCACCGAGUUGAAGGAGUUGCGCUUGAAGGUUAUGGAACUCGAAACGCAAGUGCAGGUUUCGACAAAUCAGCUGCGCCGCCAGGAUGAAGAGACUAAGAAACUGCGCGAACAGCUAGAGCAGGCAGUCAGUCGCGAAAAGGAAAUGGCCAAUAAGGCGCGCGAACAGCAGCAUAGAUACUCCGAUCUGGAAUCUCGCAUGAAAGAUGAGCUGAUGAAUGUUAAAAUCAAAUUUACUGAGCAAAGCCAAACUGUUGCCGAGCUGAAGCAGGAAAUAUCACGAUUAGAAACGAAGAAUUCGGAAAUCUUAGCUGAAGGUGAACUACGU